AUGGGGGCUCCUUUGGGAAUUUCUCAUAACCAUAUCCCUAUUAGAGCUGUUUUACAGAAAUGGUGGAGCGUUAAACCGAAGAAUAGGGUGCAUAAGCUUUUGUUACAUUCUAUCCCAGUCAUUAUUUGCUGGGAAAUUUGGAAAUCUUGGAAUGCUUGCAGGUAUGGAGACAGAACUAGUUUCUCUCAGUAUCACAUGAUUAAGCAGUGCAUUUGGAACAUCAAAGCUGUCAUUAAUGACUCCUUUCCCAGUAUUGAAAUUAAUGGCAACUGGAUUAAUAUAUGUGACAAAAUAGAGAGUUUGUGUCCUGUGAUUAAGUGCACUACAGUCUACUGGAAAUCUCCGGCAAGGGGGAUGAUCAAAUUGAACACUGAUGGAAGUUCCAUUAGUACAAAUGGGAAAGCUGGUAUAGGAGGAGUUGUGAGCAAUGAACAAGGAGACUUCAUUAUGGGAUUUUCUAUUCCAGUUAACAGCUCUAGUAACAAUCAUGCUAAAAUGGAGGCUGCAAGCUUUGGAAGUAACUGGUGUAUUCAAAAUGGUUUCACCAAUAUCCAUAUUGAGUUAGAUUCCUUAUUGAUAACUGAGAUGUUGAUCAAGAAGGACACUAAGAAUAUGAAACUUAAGCAUAUGGUGAAAGCUACCUCAAACACAUUAAGAGGAGCUAAUGUCAUUUUCACUCACUCAUCUAAUAACGGGACAUCUCAGGCCAUUCCAACUUGUAGGAGAGUUUAUAAUGUAGACACUGGCGACACUUGUGACAAUAUUAUCGAGUUUUUCAAUCUAAAAGCAGAGGACUUCAGUUCUUUAAAUCCAAAUCUUAACUGUGAUGAUCUUUUCCUAGGUGAAUAUCUCUGUCUCAAUGGCACCUUAUCUACUUGA